UCUGUUACAUUGUAGCAAAAUGGCGACUGUCAUUCACAACCCCCUGAAAGCACUCGGGGACCAGUUCUACAAAGAAGCCAUUGAGCACUGUCGCAGCUACAACUCCCGGCUCUGCGCUGAGCGAAGCGUCCGCCUUCCCUUCCUGGAUUCCCAGACUGGAGUUGCUCAGAACAACUGCUACAUCUGGAUGGAGAAGAGGCACAGGGGACCAGGCCUGGCCCCAGGUCAGCUGUACACGUACCCAGCACGCUGCUGGCGCAAGAAGAGGCGUUUGCAUCCCCCUGAGGAUUCCAGGCUGAAGCUGCUGGAAAUUAAACCUGAAGUUGAUCUGCCUCUGAAAAAGGAUGGGUUCACCUCAGAAAGCACAACUCUGGAAGCCCUGCUGCGUGGAGAGGGAAUAGAGAAAAAAACGGACACGAAAGAAGAAGACACUAUACAAGAGAUCCAGAGGGUUUUAGAAAAUGAUGAAAAUGCAGAUGAAGUGAAUGAGGAAGAGGAUUUGGAAGAAGAUAUUCCAAAACGAAAGAACAGGCCUAGAGGACGGCCAAAGACCCCCACCUGGAAAAAAAUUUUCCAGAAAAAUGCUCGGGGAUCUGGAGGUGGCAGGAGACGGAAUGAUGCUGCCUCCCAGGAUGAUCAUGACAAACCCUAUGUUUGUGACAUCUGUGGCAAGCGUUACAAGAACAGGCCUGGGCUGAGCUACCAUUAUGCUCACACCCACCUUGCCAGUGAAGAGGGGGAUGAAGCCCGUGAGCAGGAGACCCACUCAUCCCCUGUCCACAGAAAUGAAAACCACAAACCCCAGAAAGGACCGGACGGGGUCAUCAUUCCCAAUAACUACUGUGACUUCUGCCUCGGAGGCUCCAACAUGAACAAAAAAAGCGGCCGGCCUGAGGAACUUGUAUCGUGCUCAGACUGUGGGCGCUCUGCUCAUUUGGGAAGAGAAGGCAGGAGGGACGAAGCAGCGCCAGCACGCACUACGGAGGACUUGUUCGGUUCCACGUCAGAAAGCGACACCUCGACCUUUCAUGGCUUUGACGAGGACGAUGCAGAAGAGCCUCUCCCAAGCCGAGGAGGUGGCUGUGGUGGCAGCUCUCCCUCUGCAGACAAAAAGGGUGGCUGCUAAAAUAACUAAAAAGACACACAAACUCUGAGCGAGUUGCUGUCCUUUUUACU